AGCCUGGUGCAGAUGGAGAUGGCCGUGCAGCGCUUUCGGGAGCAGCAUCCUUCUGUGAAUGUGACCUCCAUCCUCAAUCUGCCUUUGCCGGAGCUCACCAAGAAACUCCGGGAUGGCUCCCUACCUCUGGACCAUGUCUUCUAUGCCUAUGUUGGCAAGGCUCUCCAAAUGGCCACAGAAACCAACUGCAUCACAGAGUAUCUGCAGGAAAGCGAGACCCAGGUCCAGAAAGCGAAGCCAGCGGGGAAGCUGGGUUUGCUCUACGGGGUGCCUGUCAGCCUCAAAGACUCCAUCGACUGCCAGGGUCAUGAUUCCACAUUGGGGUUUAUAAAAAACAUCAAUAAACCUGUGGCUGAGGACAGUGUGGUGGUGCAGGUGCUCAGGAGACAGGGGGCAAUUCCGUUUGUGAAAACCAACGUUCCCCAGUCCCUCAUCAGCUAUGACUGCAAUAACUUAAUCUUUGGUCAGACAUUCAACCCACUGCUCUACACCAGAAGCCCCGGAGGCUCCACUGGUGGAGAAGGGGCACUUAUAGGAGGAGGUGGGUCCAUCUUGGGCUUUGGGACAGAUUUAGGAGGGAGCCUGCGUUUCCCUGCUGCCUUCUGUGGGAUCUGUGCACUGAAACCCACUGGGAACAGACUCAGUAAAAAAGGAGUAGUUUCUGGCAUCCCUGGGCAGAAGGCAGUGACUGCAGCAGUGGGGCCAAUAGCGAAAGACGUGGAAAGCCUGGCUCUAUCCAUGCGGGCGCUCUUGUGCGAGGACAUGUUCAGCCUGGACAGCUCAGUGCCCCCCCUUCCCUUCAAUGAAGAGGUGUAUUCCAGCACACAGCCUCUCCGCAUAGGCUACUAUGAAACUGAUUUCUUCACUAUGCCAAGCCCUGCCAUGAGACGUGCCAUUCGGGAGACAAAGCAGCUGUUGGAGGAUGCUGGCCACACGCUGGUGCCCUUCGAACUCAUGAACAUGGACUAUGUGCUCUUUAACUUCUGCGUCAAGGGAGUGUUUGCAGAUGGGUGUGCUAGCUUCCUCAAGAAGUUCAAAGGGGAGCUGGAAGAAAGCAGCCUGAGGCUGUUUUGGUUGAUGAAGUCUCCAAAGUGGUUCAAAAAUGUCCUCUCCUGGAUCACCAAACCCUUUAUGCCUCGACUUUCAGCCAUGCUAGUGAGUAUGAGAACAAACACAGUGGAAGAAGUCUGGAGUCUUCAUCAUGAAAUGGAGGAGUUCAGCCAGCAGUUCAUUGCCCAGUGGAAGAAGCUGAAUCUGGAUGUCAUGCUUUGUCCUAUGCUGGGCCCAGCCCUUGGCAUUGGCUACCCUGCAAAGCUCUCGGUGGCAGUCAGCUACACCAUGCUCUACAACGCCUUGGACUUCCCCGCUGGCGUAGUCCCUGUCACAAUGGUGACAGACGAGGAUGAGGAGGAGCUGAAGGGCUACCAGGGGUACUAUCGGGACUGGUGGGACCGCACCAUGGCAAAGGCUUUUCGCGGCAGCGUGGGGCUGCCCGUGGCCGUGCAGUGCGUCGCCUUGCCGUGGCAGGAGGAGCUGUGCCUCCGGUUCAUGAAGGAGGUGGAGACGCUCAUUCAGAAGAAGAACGAGUUCAUCUGA